CGCGAGUGUGUGUGUGUGUGUUCGGUAAGAAGGGGAAUAGAAAAGACGAGAGACCGGGGGGCAGCCAGCUCGAAGCGGCGGGCAACACCGAGCCAUGGAGGGCGAUGUGCGUGUCCGAGCGGUGGUGAUGACACGUGACGAUUCUAGCGGUGGCUGGGUGCCCCUUGGAGGUGGCGGCCUCAGUCAUGUGAUCAUAUGUAAGGGGCGGAGCUCUGAAGGUCGUGGGCGGAGAGAGUACGUCAUACGUGGAGAACGGCUACGCGAUCGAGCACCUGUGCUGGAAUGCGCCAUUCAAAAGGGUCUGGUCUACAACAAGGUGAACCCCAUCUUCCAUCACUGGCGUGUGGAGGAGAGGAAGUUUGGUCUGACCUUCCAGAGCCCAGCUGACGCCAUCUCCUUCGAGAGGGGGCUUCAAAGUGUCCUUGAGAAGCUGGACAGAGGAUCUGACUCGCCAUCCUCCUCGACACCUGAAGAGGGCGACACUGAGGAUGACGGUCAAGCAUCUCAUACAGGGAGUGAGUCGUCAUCCAACAGCAGAAAAGAGAUGCUGCCCAAACCCAUUACCAUUGUGACCAGUGAGUCCUCCUCCACCUGUUUUGUGCACUCCACAGAGGAGUUUGCGUAUGGGACAGGGCAUGCUGUCACGACGCAGACCCCGGCCCAGGUAAAGGAUUCACAUUGCUUGAAAGUUGAUUCCAGUCCAAAACUAAAAAAAACCGAGCGUCAUGUCACUGCCUCUCCAGCAUUAUAUUUAACCCUUGCUCUUUUCUCACCAACCUGCGUGCCCAACACCGUGCCGGGAGUGCCGUCGGCCAGCGGCUCCCCACAGGAGACGGGCAAAGGCUCGCCCUCUCCCUGCUGCAUCCACACCUCGCUCGCCACGCCCCGCUCUCGGACUCGCAAGCGAGGGGGCAGUGGAGGGGAAGCCAUCUCGCCUGACGACGACAGCUCCUGCCCGCAGGGCUCCUCCUCUUGCUCGUCACGCUGUGUGUACUGCCGCUCCGUCUUCAGCGCCUCAGAGAACGGACGGGGCCGCUGCCGGGACGCUCCCGACCCGGCGCUACACUGCCUGCGCCAGUGGACGUGUGUGUGGUGCGCAGAGAGCCUGCUCUACCACUGCAUGUCGGACUCCGAGGGCGAGUUCUGGGAGCCGUGCUCGUGCGAGGACUCGAUGGGCCGGCGGCCGCACCCGCUGUGCUGCGCCCGCUGGAUGGCGCUGUUGGCACUGUCUCUUUUCGUGCCCUGCAUGUGCUGCUACCUGCCCCUGCACGCAUGCCUGCGCUGUGGGGAGAGAUGUGGCUGCUGCGGAGGAAAGCACAAGGCCGUGCGAUGAGGCCUAACCGGGGGGAGGGCGUGUGGGCGGGGCUUAUUGUGACGGGACGGGAGCACAAAGACGUUGUCGUCAUUCGAGGAACAGCCGUAGAGCCAGAUCUCCUACAUAAACCUUCACGAUAAUAUCCCCUCACCCCCUCCGAGGCCGUCUGCUGCAUUCCGCUCUUCUCUGCUCGGACCCUUCACGCUCGUACCGGUGGUGGGUGCAUGGGUUCGGGAAGAUCGCUUUCUGAUUUGCUGGUCGUUGGGGUCAGGGGUCGUCUCCGGGAGGUGGGGAGUGAAUGGGGAUCAGUGACGUGUAAACAAUUGUUAGUUUUUUUUUUCUCUUGGGUUUUAUUUAUUUAUUUAAUUUAGGGAGAAAAAUGAGAUGAAAAAUGUUUAUAGCUAUGGUUAUCAGAUCUUUUUUGAGUAUAUUAUUUUACUUGAACUAUUGAAAUAUAUUUUUUGGCAAUUGAUUUAAUGAAUACACUCCCCUCGUACCUCUAAGUUACUGAGUUUUACCUCAAUGUCCAGUGGAGAGGAAGGCAGAUAGAGAAAGAGACACUUAUUUCGGGGACUGUGUGCUGUGGUGAGGUUUUGUAUAUGGUCUUUACGGUAGGUUUUUCACACACGUUCGGCCAGAACAUAUUUGUGAAGGAGAACAUUUUGAUGUCAUAUCACUUUUAGUUGUUUGAGAACAGGGAACGUGAACGGUCUGAUCGAGGGCAGUUUCACCAAAACCACAUACAUACUUUCACCACAUACAUGUCAUUCUUCUGUCAAGAUUAUAGUUGUAUUGAACUUGCCAGCAACCAAGAAUGUUGCCUAUAUUUGACCAAAAAAAGUGGAGAGAUAAUCUAGACAUGAAUCUGCCGAACAUUUGCACAGCAAAUGUGAACCGAGGCCUUGAAAUAUAGUUGAACACACCACCAAAAAUACAGUGCAAUUAGUUAUUAGUAAGAAGUAAAGAAUAAAAAGCAAAGGCUUGUUGUGUGUGACACAACAUUUUAACUUUAUCUGUCAGUAUGGCAACAAGAGAAGUACUCAAUCAUUAACUAUAACGAGUAACACUGCUCCUCACGUGUGCUUUUGAGCCAUGCCCUAAACAGAGCAACGAAGUGACAGGACAUUUUGUCUGUGGAGUUGUGCUGGGUAGCCCCGCCCACAGUGAAAUCCCAUUGGUCCAGAAACAUCAGCUACGUUCUGACUGGCUCUGACUGUAUUACAGUAUAUUUUGUUUUCACUGUGGACAGACAAAUGACUUGACGCUGAAAACUUCGUCGUCUGGCUAAAGGACACAAGAAUUUAGACCAAUCAGUUCAAACACUGCCUGGCAUAACGAUUUGGACCUCAAAGUGUUAAGAAAUAUUGCUUUAAAUAUCUCAAAGCUGCUAUUUCAACUCCCCUAAACUUGUCAUACCUCGCUGCUAGUAAUGAGGAGUUAGGGAAUCAGACACAGCCCUGUAGUCCAUUUUUGAGUUAGGAACACAUUGAUGGUUUCUCCAUCAAUGUUGUAUUAACUGCUCAUUAGAGUCACUUUAAAAGAAAAGGGUUUUUACAGCAAGAUGAGCCACUAGACCAUUCGAUCUACACACAUGCAUUGUAUUUCAUUGUGCAUCUGGAGUCCAUUUUUGAAGAUGUGAAACAUUCUCUCACACACACACUCUCACUCACUCUUUAUGGGCAGAAUAUUAGACAUGAGUAGAGAAACACAAAAAGCCCCAAAAAUAGCACUGGAAAAAAGAACUUUGCGAGAUGAGACCACCCUUGAGGGCCCUAGUCAUACAUCCUAUUAAUAAACGUGCCUUUUGAUUUAUUUAACCAAUAACCUAUAAUUUCUAAGUAACAACAUACCUAGAUACUCAUUUUCUUUUUCGGGUUGUUUAUUUCUGCCAAUGUGCAUAUUUUAAUAUGUAUGUGUCUAUUAGUUUGAAAAGUAAUCAAUGGAAAAUAUUACCUGUUUAUAUAUUUAUUGAGAUAUUUAUUCUAAUUCUUUAUUUAUUUUUGGAGACGGGUUUUUAUUUUCUGUGCUGUCUUACUUCUCUGACUUUGUGCCAAUUUGCUGCUUUGAGGUGUUACAUAUCGUGGGUUUGUAUCAUUAAUUAAACCCUAACUCUAUAUUUUAAUGAAAAGUUUGCACUCUGAUUCGUGUUUACAUGUGAUUAUGUACACUAAUACUGGGAUGGCAUCAUUC